AUGGAAUGUGUCUUAGGUGAUGUAUACGCUCUCCCGGCCCCGAUAGCUAGACUGUGUACAUUUCUGGACCCCGCCAAUACUCCUCGAAGGUCGAAGGUCGGGGCAAAAUCCCAUCCAGCAUACGUUUGUGAUUCUUGUGCGCGAGACGUCUCCAUACCGCUUGCAACUCGAGGCAAAAAAGAACUGAAGAGCCUUACCCAAAUGGAUGAACCCCGCCCGCGGCCGUCGAAAUCUAUUGCAAUAGCGCAGGCGGCUUCUCUGUGCAUUGCAACUUUGGCAUUCUAUCUCCUGCUAUGCAUCCUACUGUCUUAUUCUGUUCUUGAUCUGAUCUCACCUCACCCGCAAGUCAAUGGUCUUCACGGAAACUGGGGCAAAGAGAGCUCUGUUUCUAGCGACUCAGCUAAUGGGCGCACAGGAGCGGAAAGUCCCAUCACUGGUGGUCCUUUCAUCAGUCAUUUCAAGCAAGCCGGAGCCAUUCCUGACUCUCGACAGCCAUGGGACCCCCGGACUCCAUCAGGCGCAAGGGUUUUAACACUUUUGUCAGCACAGCGCUUCCCGUCACCAAGUCCCUCAUCCAACUCAACUGCGGGACGGCCUGGUAUGAACCCUCCGGCUACUCCCCAAUGGCCACCGGCCAAGUUCAUUCAAAGCAAACCGAAAACACUUCAAACCCCCAUCCCACUCGAUCAGCUUUCGGGAUUAGCCCAUUUACAAACAAUCCCCGGGCAAUGGAAUCCAAACUCGCAAGAUUUUCAGAUGUCUCCUUUGCCCAGUAUCCAAUCACGAACCUUCCUAGAAAACAAUUCGUGGGAUACCGUCGAGCUGAAAAAUAAAAACAUUCAAAGGCGCGAGUGGAUCAUUCGGGCCUUUAGUCACUCUUGGGAGGGUUACAAAAAGACUGCUUGGGGCUUUGACCAAACAAGACCAUUGUCAGGUCGCGGCCAAAACGCUUUUUCAGGAUGGGGUGCCAACAUCAUUGAUAAUCUUGACACUCUGCUGAUGAUGAAUAUGACACUGGAGUAUAAUUAUGCAAGAACCCAUGUACGAGCUCUGGAUUGGUCAAGCCCUAGUUUUGCUCGCCCCGUCUAUAACAUUAGCACCGGCGAAAUCAAGAAUUCAUACGCCAACAUCAACGUAUUGGAAUCUGGCGCACGAUACCUGGGAGCCCUUCUUUCAGCUUACGACUUGAGCGGCGACAAGCUCAUGCUCUCCAAGGCUGACGAGUUGGCCCAAUGGUUAUUACCAGCAUUCAACACGAAAACGGGAGUUCCAGUGGCCAAUUAUGACCUCGGAACCAACCCUAACGAAGGUUCUUCAGGAGAAACCUAUCUUUCGGAGGCAAGUAGUCUAUUGCUAGAGUUCACCAGAUUGGCCCAAAUCACCGGGAAAGCCCAGUAUUUUAAUGCGGUCGACAGAGCCGCUCGAUACUUGCAAGGCCAAAGCUGGAACUCUACAUCAAGGCUUGGAAAUCUACUUCCCCAAAAGAUCAGACCCGAUCAACCCACACAGAUCAUGGGCUUCUAUACCUUGGACGCCAAGUCGAGUGGUUAUUAUGAGAAUCUUGUCAAAGAGGCACUUCUUUUGCGUGGAAACUCCAAAGGAUAUCAAGAAGCUUACUCCCACAGCGUCGAUUCAAUCUUCCAAUACCUUGCGGAAAACAUAAAAAUAGACAACCAAGGUACUCAACUCAGUAUCAUUGGAGAGGCAUACAGCGUCCCAGGAAAAGCUGGUUAUAUCCCCAAGAUCAACCAGCAGAGUUGUUCGGCCGGUGCCAUGAUCGGUCUCGGAGCUAGAUUACUGCAAAAGGACAUGCCAUUGAAUUUCGCCCAGAACCAAACCGAUGCUUGUUUAUGGGUUCACGAGACCAGUCCUGCUGGACUGGGGCCGGAUGAGAUCACGAUCAUAAAUUAUGAGGGAUCCGGCCACGAGGUCAACUCAACUCCCAUGAACGAAAUCAGCAACCCAAGCCAUCUUAACCGACCCAACACGAUUGAAUCGAUCUUUUACAUGUGGAGAUUGACUGGAAAUCGGGAGUGGCAAGAGAGGGGAUGGAGACUAUUUUCCAAAUGGGCCGAGGCUUCUAUUACCGACUUCGGCUUCGCUGAGAUCGGGGACGUUACUGACGACAUAACUGAUGAUAGCAACAAAUACGAUGGGUACACUGGGACCUUAUCCACAGAAAGUUUGAAAUACUUUUUCCUUUUGUUCUCGGACCCUGAAACCAUAUCAUUAGAUGAAUAUGUCUUCAAUGUGGCAUCCCAUCCAUUGAAGAUACCCGGAAGCAAGAACAGCCAAGUGACCAAUUGGCAAGACCCCCAGGAUAGUCAAGUUGCCUUUUUGAAUCCGCCGAUGGCAAAUGUCCUGGCCUCCAAAUACAAAGGCCAACAAAAACCAUCGAGUGUCGACCCACAAGGUAGCGGUACCAACAUCCAACAGUGGUCUCGAACAGUCACUGAUGACCCCAAGUCUCCCGUCUCAGAGUCUGUCACCCGCUCCGGCUCAGGCAGUUAGAUAAUUUUUCGAAAAUUUCUAUUCUGGAAUUCUGGUUUAAAUUCCCAGGAAAACUCGUAGCUCUUUCUUGAAAAACAAUUCAAAAAUGUUUUCAUGUAGAUAACAACUUUCUAACUUUCCUAGCUUAUGAUGCAUGCAUCCAACCCUGUUUGUUAUGGUUAACCGUACAAAAACCAUAUCCAUUCCCUCUGGUCCUAGCUUUUCACCUUUUUUUUCUUAAAAAAAAAACCGUCAUUAUCCAUUCAUUCAUCCAGACCCGUUCGUUCAUCCACAGUCGUUCCUUUAGAGGUCUUCUUCUUUUUUUGUUUUUCUCUCGAAAGCACUAACUAACUCUUUUCUCCAGUCUAAAAUUGGUGGACUUGAAAAUUUGGGAUCAUUUUUUCUUGGUUGAGAACUGUUAGUUUGUUUUCGUACGAAUCUUCCAACUAAGCAAUCUCAACAAAAAGCACUUGCCACUAGU